AUGCCCUCAUCGAUCCCGCGGCCACUGGCGACCCCGAGCUACGCCACGGCGUCCAGGCGGUCCGUCGUCGUCGUCUCCUUCCUCUACGCCCCUCGGCUCGUCUCCAGGCCACCGCCAGCGCUCGCCAUCGGGCUCCUCCCCACGCACAGCCGCCACGACCUCGCCGUCGAUCCGCUCCCCCUCGACCCCUCCGGCUUCAUCAAGCCCUCCACGAGCUUUUCUUCGCCGUGCUCGCCGCACCCCCCACCUCCGCUGCCCGCGUCUAGGUCGCGCUGGCCACGCCCCACGCACCCCGCGGCCCCUGUAGCCUUCACUGCGUGCUGCCUGCGGCCCUCCCGCACCCCGGCGCACGCCCUGCGCCUGCCGCCGUUGCCUCCCGCUCCCCGCUGCUGUUGCCCCGCUGUUUCGCCGCCGCCCCUGCACUUGCUGCCACUGCCCGCUCCGUUUUGCUGCUGCUACUGUCUUCAGCCACGCCGGCCCUCGCCCGGCCGUGGCGCCCCGCCCACGCGGCUCCGCUCCCAGCGCACCGCCGUCCCUGGCCGUGAACCACACCGCGCCGGCCGUGCGCUCCACGCCACUGCAUCGCCCGCGCCACGGCUCUGCCCAUCGCUCCUCUACAUGUACUGCUACUAG